GCACCGAAAUUCGAAGAGCAUCAACCAGCACGCUUUGUUCGGUUUAUCGAUUAAUUUCACAAUCAGCUGGUGGUUAUGUGAAAGCAAGUUUCAGUGGAAAAAAUCAGGUUUAAAAAUGUGCUAAAUCGUUGUGCAAAUCGGAUCUUAUACUUUAGUAAAAUUAGAGUGUAGUGUGAGCAAAAUGUCCCGCUGUAUGCUGAGCCCGUUGCGAUUCUACCGGACCGGAUCCGGAUUGCAGUACUUUUUGCCGAGUUUCGCUAGGGCUUGCUUGUUCUCGUCGCAGGGAGGCGGCACGGGAGGUCGAUCCAGCGGCGGAAACCAGGGCGGCAACAACGGCAGUGGUGGAGGCAAAGGAUUCGUGCGAAAUACGACGAUUCUGGUGCAACAGGGUUGUGACAUCCAGGAACUGCCGGUGGUGGUGCGGAAGAUUGCCGAGGAUGAGUUUGCAGCUUUUAUAUCGAAUACAGUGAUUGAUAGCCAACCACCAGCUGCAGUGGCGACAACUGCUGCUGCAACGGGGGAGGAAGAGAAUGGCGCAGUUGAUCAAGAGUCGAGUGAUGAAAAUGCAAACAAUAGCAAUCAGGACGAAAUUAUAAAGUCGAUCGAGGACUGUCUAACAGCACAGGGAGUUUGCCUGGUGGUGGAAUCGUUGGAUGAGCAGGAAUUUACCCCGGAAGUAGCUGUACGGGCGGUGGAGAAGAUUUUGAAAAUUGAGAAUUUACUGGAGUUGAAGCAUUUGGAAAGCAGCGAGGAAUUUGAGAAGAUUAUUAGCUGCAUCGUCUAUCGAGGGGAUAACCGUACGGUUCUGGAAGUGCUGGAUGGAUUGAGGAACUAUAUGGAGCUGGUCAAGACGAUUGAUAUGCUGGGUAACGAGUUGGUAUAUCGAUGCUCGGAGAACAAAUUGGAUAUUGAGCAGUGCUGUGAGGCGAUCGAGAGUCUCACCCAGUGCAGGAGGUACGAUAUGGUGGAGAAGUUCUGGAGUGGAAUAGCCGACCAGGAGAAGCAGAUCGACGAUAAGAAUAUUCAUCAGGUUUUUGCGAUUUUGCCGUACCUGAAGGUUAGCCGAAGAGCGGUGUUGAACGUGCUGGAGCGGAGGAUUCCUUCGGUUUGGUGGCAAAUGUCCCCAAACAGCACGAUUGAUGUGCUGCAAUCUUUGGAGACGUGCAAGUUGUCUCCAUUUAGGAUUACCCAGACAUUGGCUCGAUGGUUGAAUACGAACAUUCAUGCCGUAAGCGAGGACCAGCUGGAAGCGGUGCUGGAGUCGUUCACCAAUUUGGGAUACUCCGAGAAUCAAAUUGAGCGAGCCAUUGAACGAUACGUGAAGGCCAAGGGCGUUAAGAUCGUUUCGCAAAGUUUGAUUGUUACCUUGUUACGACACUGCCAGGUAUUCCGCUUGAGGAAUCCUCACAUUCUAAAUGGCUGCAGCGAGUUCUUCAUAGCCAACCACCAAAAUCUGGAUCCCGGCUAUUUGCGCGCCGUCUUCUGCCCCUUCGGCUAUCUCGACUACGAGCCAGUCAACGGCAAUAAAUUCUGGGAGACCCUGGACAUGUAUCUGGAUCUCAACUUUACCAAAAUCCACCCGAUGGAAAUCAUCGAUAUCAUGUUCUGCUACGUCUGCUUGGAGCGCUAUCCGCUGACUUUCGUGAACCGAAUCUUCAAUCCCUACUUCUUAGACGUCCUACACGCUCGAACCCGACCGGAGAAACUGGACCGGGUUCGAAGCAUGCUCAAGGUGUUCGACACAAGUCUCACACUGGAAUGCAACGAUUACGAUGGUCCGCUACUUCCACGGGACCACUCGGCCAAAUCGCUAUUCCACGAUGGUCGAAUCAAACGAAUCGUGAACUACAUCACCCCGGAGUUGGAGAAAAUAGCCGGCGGGUCGGAUUGUAUGACCAAGUUUACCAUCCUCCAGCAUCUGCCCGUUAACGAGCUGUACCUCGUUGACGCAAUUUUCCACCCGUGCGGCAUGGGAAAUAUCUUCUCCCUCAACACGAUGAAGGAACGCAACGUCAACAUUGCGGUGCUGAUUCUCCUGCCGGAGUAUUUCAACAGCAACGGAGAGCACCUGAUCGGGUCGCAAGCGAUGCGCAUUCGCCAUCUGAGACGACUGGGGAUGCGAGUGGUUACGCUACGAUUCGAUACGUUGUACAAACUGAAGGUCCAUCCGGCGGAGCUCCUCAAGUACCUGGUGGAGAGGAUGCAGCAAGCAUUGAAUGCCCUGCCCGCACCGAAGGCAACGCCCGUGGACAGCGGUUCUGAGGAUUGAGUCGAAUCAUGGCGCAUAUUUUCGCAGAGCGAAAACAAGACUGCUUGGUACUUACAAUACACAAUUGUGAUAAAUAUAAAUCUUACAAUAGCUUGCACAAGACUACACUUGACUGCUUUGGAAUAAACUCGAUGUGUGUCAUUUAAAUGUUACAGACAUAGUGUUAUUAGGCGCAUAUAGUGAUUUUGAAUUGUUUGAAAUAAAAAGCAAUCAGCUGG